ACACACUUUGUACACCCGAGAGCAGUACCCAGGCCAGAGCGCGUUCAUCUCACGGACAACAUGUUAAUCAAACUACCCGUACACGACCUGGGAGGGAAUGUACUUGCCAUACCGAAUGGCCUCCAGCCAGGCAAAGUGGUAACAGUCAUUGGAAAAUGUGCAGGAAACGAUAGGAUGGUGAUAAAUUUUCAAAGCCAAGACGGUAGUAACAAGGCCCUCCACUUUAACCCGCGUCCGGAUCAGGGCGUCGUGGUGAGGAACUCCUUUCGCAAUGGCACUUGGGAAAACGAAGAGCGGGAACAGCCAUCUUUCCCCUUCAGUAACGGCUCCGAUUUCGCUAUCACAUUUGUCGUAACAAACGACUGCUUCAAAAUACUGGUGAAUGGAGAUAGAUUUUGUAACUUCAAUCACCGUCUGUCUCAUAGCGAGGGUAGCCAUCUUCAACUUGGCGGCGCUGACUUCCACGAGGUCCACGUCUUGGACAGAUACACCCAUGGGCACAGCACACCACUCAAUGGCGGACUUAAGGUCGGGAGAGCCAUAAGAGUUCUCGGCACGUGCCAAGACAACUCUGGAUUUAGUCUUAACUUCAUGUGUGGAUCUGAUAUUGCCUUUCAUUUCAACCCACGUCCACGUGAAGGUGUUGUCGUCAGAAAUAGUAAGUUGGGCGGAGGAUGGGGACAGGAAGAAAGAGGAGGAGACAGUUUCCCAUUUGAAACUGGUGCCAUUUUCGACGCCAUGUUUUUCUGCAACAAUGAUGAAUUUACGGUUUAUGUAAACAACAAGGAGUACAUCACCUAUGGCCACAGGUGCGACUUGAACGCAGUCACUGACUUUCAGGUUCACGGAAAGGUUGACGUUAAGAUGGUCCAAUGUCUGACAACAAUGGACGAUGACUAUGUACAAGUAUUGCCAUAUGAGCUUGGUAACAAAGAACAGCUUGUUUUCCGAGGCUUUAUGAAGAAAGGUGGAAACAGAUUUGCUAUAAAUUUCCUGGAAGGCUCCGACGUCGACUCUGAUAUUGCCUUUCACUUCAAUCCACGAGUCGACCAAGGAGAGAUUGUAAUGAACACUAGAUCGGGAGGGCAAUGGGGUACUGAAGAAAAGAUUCCUUUGCCUAAAGUGCUUGGGACUAAUGACGUGUUUGACCUUAAAAUUAUCACGAAGAAGAGGAAAUUUAAGGUUGUUCUGGACGGAGAAGUACUGUGCAAGUUUAAAUGUCGAGGUGAAAUGAGUGCAGUGAAGGGAAUCGCCAUUGGCAAAGGUGACGGCGUGCUCUAUUUAGUGGAUGGGCGACGAAGAUUGGAAAAGAAAGAGGUUGUCGUCCUUUCUGACCCACUUGUGGAGGAUAAUUGGGUCGUAGUCCGUGGAAAGAUAAAGAAAAAUGGAAACGGAUUCGCCGUAAAUUUCCGAGUAGGAGAUGGUGACGAUGGAGAUAUUGCCUUCCACUUCAACCCCCGAAUCAGUGAAGGUUGUACUGUACGCAAUGCUUUAAUCGGUGGUGGCUGGCAGAACGAGGAGAAGGAACAGCCCAAUUUCCCAUUCCAACAAAGAAAGGCCUUUGAAAUCACAUUUCAAAUCAAGCAGGACAAGUUUUCGACGUUUGUUAACGGAGAACCAUACAUCGAUUUCAAUCACCGUGUCGCCCUAGAUCAAAUUGGAGCCAUACAGUUGAUGGGAUCCGGCAAUUUCUUUGCGCCUGAAAUUUUAUAGAGUAACGGUGAACACGAAUGUUGAUGGGAGGUAUCAGCGGUACCUAUCACUAAAGACAGCAUUGUUUUUUGUAGUUCGUUUCAUAGGAUAAUUUACAUUUUUUACUAUUUUGUUUUCUUAUUCACAAAAACACCAAUAUGAUUUGUUAAAUUUUACACUGCUUGCUAGGGGGCAUUUAUUCAAUUGCAUCUGAAUGUCUCUUGUUUAACAUUUUAUCAAACUUAUAUUGCGUGAUGAGAAAAAAAGCUUGGUUCUGUUUUACUGCAUAAUUUUUCUUUAUCUUUUUAAUAUUUUGUAUGGAAACUGGUUAUUGUUAUUACAUAUCCGGUGUUUUGAAUUAUAAGGAGUUUCGACAAGUCGCGCAAUGAUGUAUUUCUAGUGUUGAAUUAUCUCAGAUGUCGGUGACAACAUGUCGAUUCCAACAUUACGUCGUUAUCUUAAUGACAACAUUGAGUUAAUAUACUUACGAUGAUCGAAAUGUUUAAAUGUGUGUGUUUUUUCUUUUUAAUAAAGAACUAAUAUUUUGGACUUAUUUA